AAUGCAACCAAAUGAUCCUAAGACUUACAAGCCACUCAAAUAAAUUGAUAAAAACUAGAGAGGAUAUGGUUUAAAAUAAAUUGCCUAAAUGACUCUUGGUUCAGGUAAUAUGUUGUUGGCAGUUGAAUUACCAAAUGGAGAAGAUUUAAAUGAAUGGUUGGCUGUCAACACAAUUGAAUUUUAUAAUGAGAUUUCAAUUCUAUAUGGUACACUUGUAGAAUUCUGCACUCCUGAACUUUGUCCAAUUAUGUCAGCUGGCCCUAAGUAAUUUUUGAAAUUAUUGUUUCAAGAUAUGAAUAUCUAUGGGCAGAUGGAUAGAAUGUUAAAACACCUCUUAAAGUCUCUGCCUCAGAAUACAUUGAUUAUUUAAUGACAUGGGUAGAGAACUAACUUAAUAAUGAUUCUUUAUUUCCAUGUUAAAUUGGUAAUUUAUACAUUUUAUUAAGGAAUUCCAUUUCCAAAAACAUUUUUGUCUGUUGUAAAAGUUAUCUUUAAGAGAUUAUUUAGAGUUUAUGCUCAUAUUUAUCACUCCCAUUUUUAGCAUAUUAUGGCACUUGAAUUAGAAUAUCAUUUGAAUACUUGUUUCAAACAUUUCAUUUAUUUUAUUGGUAUUUAUAUGCAUUGAAUUUAGAUGAAUUCAAAUUAGUUGAAGAUAAAGAACUUGCUCCAUUGGCAGAGUUGAUAUAGUAAUUCAAAGCAAGAAAGGAGAAUCCAACCAUGAAUUAGGGUGUGUGAU